CCUGUCCGGGCCGUAUCUUUGGGAGGCGCGGUUUGGUGGUUUGCCGUGUACUUGCAAGCAGAUAAGUAGGGUGUUACCUGCUCAAAUCAUACAUUUUUACAAUUGUUUUUUAAUAGUAUUUUUGUUCUAGGACCAGCAUUGGUGGAGUUGGAAACGGUCACAUUCUGGCGCUGUCGCUUCAGUGCUCCUAUUUUCAUCUCAUAGAAUAAUAAUAUUACUUUUUUCAACUAUUUAAUAAUAAACUUUUGUAGACUUGAACUGGAAGCAGUCUCUGCAAGUCUUUACACAAAUCUGUAUUAUAAAAGUUGUUUGUUUCUGUACUACUGGUGCAGUCACAUUCAUAUAUCAAUUCUGAUAAGACAUGGACAUCCCCAACUCCAAUUACACCAUCUCUCAACAUGCCACUACUUGUGUGCUAUUUAUCAUUCACAUAGAAAUAAUUUGGUACAGUAGGCCUACUAUAAAUUAAUCUGUAACGUAAAGCUAUUUUCUAAGCAACAAUGUCCCUGCCUGAGUCUGACACAUAUCCCCGUCAUGUAGGGACUAGGCUAAUAACAUAGGCUAAUACAAAAAAAAUGUAGUGACUUCCCUUGUGUAAAUUCGGAUGUCUGCGUCGGAGCCAGCAAACCGUUGCAGUUCAAACUCUCGCUGGAGACGUAAACCCUGUGGCUCCUUUCUCAGCUCUUGUAGCUACCUCAUUUGAGACACUUUCAUCAGCGGAUGCGGAUGUAUCCAUGGCAGCCGGUUCAGGGAAAGAGCAGUCUCGAUCGUUGAAAAGGAGAUCAACUUCAUCUUCCGGAGGGGCAGUUUCGACGAACCGAUCCACUCUCUCCCAUACGCCGCGCCUUGGGGUUUCGAUACUGGUUCCACUCAAAAAGGGUCGCUACGGCACCUUUUGUAAGUCUCCUUCGACCCUGUAGAGUAGUUGGCUCAAUCAUCUUGUCAGAACUAAAGUGUCUGCUACAGACCUUAAAGUGAGUGGUGAUGACAUAUUUACCCCGCGUAUGUUUACAAUCCAUUGACUCCUCACGUCAGUUUGGCUCGGAAAGCCAUGGAAACUUAAUACCCCUUUGGAUUAGGCUGACGCUGUACAGUGGGGGACACAGCAGUGCUCGGCGCCGGUGUGGGCUAGUACAUACGGAAAAAUGGGGGCUGUCUUUUUGACGCGCCGCUUCGGCGGCGGUGUGUGACGGCCUUAAUGCUUCUUCAUAAUAGUUAACUACUUUAACGGCAUCGACAAUCCAAAACCCAAGUGGAAUCUAGAUGGAAAAAGUGUGUUGUUCAAAACCUGAGCAGCUUUUACUUUUUCGCCUCCUACAGAGUUUGUCACGUACGCUCUUUCAAAUCCCCCAUGUUAGUUUCCAUAGACAUUUAAACAUGGAACCAAGAGCCUCGGAGGCGGGACUUGUCUUCAGGGGUCUAUCGUCUUCAGAACAUGAUCAUGUUUCAGUAUUCAAUCUCACAUUACAACUACUGUAUAUAGGCCUAUAGCCUACUGUGUUUUUCUAGUUUUUGUUUGAAAACAUGGGGGUUGAGACUAGCGAAACAAUAAGGAAGAUUAAUUUCACUUUUGUUUGUUUUGUUUAUUUCUCCCUGCCUCCGAUAAAACCUGACCGUGCGUCUGUGAUGUCGCCAUGGUAACGCCCCCGUGCGUCCGUGCCUAAUGGUACCUUUUAUUUGACAAAGUUUUAUACUGAGUAAUUAAGGAUCCGUAUCGUUAUGGCCACGUUUUCGAGAUCGUUCACGUCAGAUGAGAUUCAAGAGCUACCUGAGAUCCGUGAGAGAUCCGUGUCGUCCUGGAAAACGCGGGUUGUUCCAGUUGAGAACACGCACAUCCCCAGGGAGCUGCAGGCCUCUCUGUGCGGGGAGGAGAGACCCGUGGAAAGCAGGUCCCAGCGCAAGGAGCGUGGUGGGAUGAAUGGUGCCUGGAGCCAACGGAAUAGCCAACAGUCAUUCAGCCUCCGAGACAGCAAGCAGAAUGGCCAGGGUUCCGGCAAAGGAGCUGGCAGGGACGUUUCCUUCAUGAGUGACUCCAUGGCAACCCAGAACAAGAGGAUAUCGCUUCCGCCCAUGAUUGGCCAGACAAAGGAAGGGACUAUAGCUGAGAAUUUGAUCCCAGUGGAAUACCAUGUGGUGAAACAGCAGGGGGUGCCGGUGCCAGAAUUAUGUGGACAUAGAUCCACCAUCGAGGUGCAAGAUGAUCACCACCCACUGAUACUGUUUCCAUCACUAGUAAGUUUGUGUGUUACCAGGAGGCCCAGUAGUCGCUGGGAGGUGGUCAAGUUGAUCCAGGUGAUGGAUGACAUGAUGGAGAAAACAGGGAUCCACCAGCAGACUGAGGACCUUACUGACAUCUCUCAGAUGGGGGCGCUGCUGGAGCUGCUUAAGGUGGAACAGAACAUUUACAACAUCGUCUUCCACGAGCUGAUCCGACAGGUCAGCGUGAACUGUGCAGAGAGAGGCCUGCUGCUGGACAGAAUCAGGCAGCAGUAUGUGUGUCUCCUGGAGAGAGUGCCCCGACAGCUGAAAGGCCUCCAUGCGGCCAGCCUGGCUGAGAGAGCCCUGAACCACAUACUGACCCAGGAGGUGGUCUGCUUCAAGACCUGCAUCCAGCACCUCAACACGGAACUGGCUGAGAUCAAGACUCACGAUGAGAGCCUAUCCCAGCAGGCCGAGCAAGCCCAGCAGAACCUGGCAGAAGCUCUGGACCAGGCCACCAAGAAUGCUGAUCUUCUCCGGGAGUACCACGAGCUGUAUGAGCUGCAAAGGAGGCGCCUGCAGAGCCAGAUGGAGACGCUUGCUGAGGAGAGAGACCUCUGGAGGGCUGACACUUUCAGCCUCGCUGCUAAGGUCAUCAGUUUAGGGAAGCUGAAGCAGUUUCACCGGCUGCAUGUCAGUGCAGAGAGCUGGUGCAAGACAGCCCAACAGUACGCUACAUUUAUCUCUAUCAAGGACACGGAGCAGAUGAACAUCAUCGUACAGCUAAGUGACAGCUGGAGGGAGCAGCUUGCGUGCUUCAUGGAGCGUCUGAGGGACACUGAGCGAGCUCAGUGUAAACUCAUCCAGACCGUACUGCAGGGCAUCACCAAGCGCCUUGACAUCUGCACCGCAACCAAUAGGAGUGCAGCACCAAAAUAUGAAGAGGAAGAUAUUUACUCUGAGCUGAUGCAGUGGACCAAUACUCUGACGGUGCAAUGCGAGCGCUACAGCGGGGAACAGAUGCUCUCCUGUCAGGACUCCCUGAAGGACCUGGUGGAUCUGGAGGACUCCUGGGUCGAGGUUGCACUCUGCGUCUUCCGGAGACACCCCGGCCUAGAUGGAGAGCCUCCAAGAGGCCAGGAGGCCAUGAGGAAGCAGGGCAGAGUGGUGUCUGAGCUCCACCAACAGCUGGAGACACGGGUCAAUGGAGAGAACGGCAUCCAUAAACUCACCAUGUCUCUAGUAAGCCCGAUGGAGGCCUGGGCCAACAAAAUGAGGACAGCCAUUGGGCAGUCAGAUACGAUGCAGGCAUCUGAUUGGUUAAAGCUGGAGAAGGCCCUCUUUCAUUGGCAGAGUAUAGCAGAUGAAAUACUGCAGCUUGUCUCCUGCAGCCAAUCGGAGUACGAGAGAACCCAGGUGAAACUACAUGUUGACGUUAAAACAGCAGAUGUAUUGGACUCCUUAAGAGACUUUGUUGCCAGCCAAUCCCGUUUCCUCAACAACGAGAACAGCAGCCUUUAUGACUCGAUCUCCUCUCUCCACACAUCCCUGAUCCGCUGGACGGUGGCCCUGCUGAUCACAUUGGUACCUGACCAUGACCAGGACCCUCAGGACUCUUCACUCACUGAGGUCGGCCAUCUGGACCCCCUGGAGCGAGACGCCAGAGAGCUAGUCCAGAAACUAGAGCGCCUGUCCCAGAACAUCAGCAGGUCCUGCCAGUUAAUUGUCAACGAGGAGCUGCAGAAAAACGUGUAUGCAGACAGCCAGAUGUACGAGCACCAGAGGUUCCAGCAAGAAUGCAGUGAUUGGAUAGAAACGUGUCGGGUUCUGCUGUUGGACGUGAAGCGCGGUCCGGUGGAGCUUUCAAUCAGCCCACCACGGCCCUCCUCCAACUACCCUGACUCUGCCCCCAACCACACUGACCCUGCCUCCGACCAAUAUGAUCCCGCCUCCCACCCCCCUAACUCCGCCUCCCUGCAGCUCCCUGAGCCAGACUCCAACUUGGCACACCCAGACUACAAACGUUGUUGCCCUGCCCCAAACCCCCCUAGCUCCUUCAGCAAGCCCUUGUUAGGUGACCCUGAGCUCCUGCUGUCAACAGCAUUGAGUCACCACUCUCUGGAGGAGCCACCACGUUAUGAAGAGCAGGAGGAGGAGGAAGGUCCAGAGGAAGGCUCUGUCAGUGUGGUGAAGAUGAUUGGCUAUGAUGGAAACAUCACGGAGAGAACCCUGGCAGAGAGCGAUGCCCAGCGAGAUACGACUGAAGGGGAUAGUUCUCAGAAGGAUUCUCUGAGCACGAUGGACCUACUACAGAGAGAACUACAUGCCUAUGUGGUCCAGCUCCAGCUCUGUGAGCAGAGGGCUGUAACGGCAGAGGAGGCACUACAGGGGGCGCGGCUGAGGAUCCUGCACCUGGAAAGUCAACUACAUGACAAGAUAAGCAUGGAGCCUGCAGUUGAUACUGAAGCAGACCAACAAGAACGAGCAGAUUCAGCAUGUACGGAAGAAGAUACGGUACCAGAAUUGACCCCAGCUGCUCCAAAGAAAACCAGUUCAAGAACCAAGCCCACCAAGAGAUCCAAGAGACACUAACGGAACCAAACACCCUAUCCUUAUGCCAGUAAAACAGUGACAGAACAAGUUAUUGGUCAAGGGUUGAAAGCCACAUAACAUUCACUAUAAGUUGUUUUUUUUGGAAAAUUAUGCUUUAUGAAGACUGUAUAAAGAAGAUAUACAGACUAACGGUGAGAUGUUCAGAGAAAAGCUCUGACGAACAUUUGAGAACAUUUAGGUUAAUUAAAACUCUGAUUUGAGAAGGAAUCCAUAAUUUAAUCAUUGUUUCUCUCUUCGUAAGAUGUUUCAGAAUUAAUCACAGAGAAGCAAAUGUUCAAAGAGAGACUAAAUUAUUCUACUCAAGUGAAACUUCCUACUUGAAACAUAUUUGACUAUCUAACUAAGAAAAUGACUCAUUCUCAUGAACCUCAUCCUUAAUGCAUAAACUUGUUGGUGAGAAUGGAAUGGUUCCUUGUACUAACUUUUAGUUAAAUACCCGACACUUGGUAAUGUAAGAUGAAUUAAAAAGUAAAUAUA